AAGAUUAUCAGAUAAUCACUAAUCCAUUCAUGUACUGUUCUGGGUUUUUUUUCCAGUAUUUAUUAGCAUCUAAUUUUGCAAGUAGCCUCUGUGUUGUUCCAAAGAAGGAAUUGGGUGAGUACUAUUAUCUUAGAGAUGAAGUUCUGCAAGAAAUACCAGGCGUACAUGAAGGGUCAGGAGAAGAAGCUACCUACACUUGGUAUCAAGAAGCUUAAGAAGAUUUUGAAGAAGUGCAAAGGAGAUUGUCAACGCGGCCGGCCUGAUGUUAAUGGGAUUCUCAACAUCCAAAAUUGCCCACAGCAAUGCCCAGGCUAUUUAUCAGCAUCUAAUUUGCAAGUAGCCUCUGUGUUGUUCCAAAGAAGGUAUUGGCUGAGUGCUAUUAUCUUAGAGAUGAAGUUCUGCAAGAAAUACCAGGAGUACAUGAAGGGUCAGGAGAAGAAGCUGCCUACGCUUGUGUGCGAUGGUACCUUCUUCCCUUCCUUGCUUGAGGAAAUGUCAGCUGUGGUAGGCUGUUUCAAUGAGCGUGCGCAGAAAUUGCUUGAUCUACAUCUUGCACCUGGCCUUAAGAGGUAUUUUUUUUGGUUUAGAUCCAAUCUGAAAAGAAACCAUGUUGCUUUGGUUGAAGAAGGGGAGGACUUGGUCACCUAUGCAUUAAUCAAUGCUAUUGCACUUCGUAAAAUACUGAAGAAAUAUGACAAGGUUCAUUACUCCAAGCAAGGGCAGGCCUUCAAGUCGCAAGUUCAGAGUAUGCACAUUGAAAUUCUUCAGUCACCAUGGCUCUGUGAACUUAUGGCUUUCCAUAUCAAUUUGAGGGAAAGUGAAGCGAAAACCAGAUCAAGGAUUGCUCCCUCUUUGUUUGAGGGUUGUUACCUUCAAUUCAACGAUGGCAAGCCUUCACUCUGUUGUGAGCUCUUUGAUUCUGUCAAGGCUGACAUUGACCUCACUUGUUCUAUAUGCUUGGAUACAGUGUUUGAUCCGGUUUCACUGACAUGUGGCCAUAUAUUCUGCUACAUGUGUGCUUGCUCAGCUGCAUCAGUGGAUAUUGUAGAUGGACUAAAAGCAGUUGAGCCUAAAGAAAAGUGUGCUCUAUGCCGAGAGACAGGAGUGCAUGAAGGUGCUGUACAUUUGGAAGAGCUUAACAUUUUAUUAAGCAGAAGAUGUCGAGAGUACUGGGAACAGAGGCGUGAGACAGAAAGACUAGAGAGGAUUAAGCAGCAUAAGGAGCACUGGGAAUCCUUGCGUCGGGCAUUCAAUGGUGUCUAGUUAUGCAGUUCUUUCUAUCUUCUAUUCUCGUACUUUGUCAGGUUAAGAGAUCCUGAGAUCCUGGAGUUUAGAUGUUUUGAUUUUCAGUUGAUUAACAAUGCUCUGUUUUGAGUCUCUAAAACUAGCUCAUGUUAAUUUCAUAAUAAAUCUUGUAAAUAUUCUUCAUGAAUACUUUUGUUGAUGUACCUUUAUAAAUUCCUUUAAUUUCA